AUGUACAACACUAGUUCCGAUAUUUGGGUUGCAGGGGCAUUUGCGGCAGUCGUAGUCGAUUUUGUCGUCUACCCCUUCGACACACUCAAGACCCGUGUGCAAUCUCCAAACUAUGAGAAGGUCUUCAAAGAUGCGCGCACAGGAGCAGUGCAGCGCAAAGUACUCUUUCGAGGGUUGUACCAAGGCGUUUGGAGUGUGGUUUUCUCGACAAUUCCAGCUUCUGGCGCAUUCUUUACCACAUACGAAGGUGUGAAGAACAUUAUGUACAACUCCGCAACAAAACCUCCCACCGGUAUAACAUGUGGCCGGGCGACUGCACCCAAGGGUUCUCUGAACAGUCUCUGCUUGCCCUUCACACAUUCUCUCCCUACUCCCAUUAUGCAUGGAAUAGCCUCUUCAAUCGGGGAGAUGGUGUCAUGUCUCAUGCUCACACCAGCGGAGGUACUAAAACAAAAUGCGCAGAUGAUCCAAGGUCGCCAAACAAACAAAUCUGCCAUGGGACAAGUACUUUUGCGAUUUCGACGUCAUCCUUGGCGUCUCUGGAGUGGGUAUACAGCACUGGUUGGUCGAAACCUCCCAACCACAGCGUUACAAUUCCCACUCUUUGAGUAUGUGCGUUCACGUCUGAUUAGUCGACGGAGACAACGCAAAGCGAGUCGCAGCAACACCAGCCAACCCCCAUCGGAACAGUCAGAACAGCUUGUUGAACGGGCUGGCUUGACGGGUAUAGCUGCAGCAUUUUCGGGGACAGUCGCGGCAACGGUGACUACACCAAUUGACGUGAUUAAGACCCGCAUCAUGCUUUCGGCAAGUGAUUCUGGUGGCAGUCCCCAAGAUCAAAGUACUCGUGGCAGUGGAGGGGUGUCUUUGGAGGCGCAAUCCAAGAUCAAACCUGGCAAAUCUCUCAUUUCUAUGGGCCGUGAUAUCAUACGUUAUGAGGGCAUCCGUGGUUUGUACAAGGGCGGGCUGAUACGUGCUGGUUGGACGGCGAUUGCCUUGGGGUUUUAUCUCAGCCUGUAUGAAGGAGGACGGUUUUGUCUAGAGAAUCGACGGAAGGAGCGGGACCAUAUCAAUGGGAAACUCGGAAACCAAACCACCGAAGGAGAGGAAGUCGUGUAG